AUGUCGCGCCUCUUUUUUUACAACCAGAUUAAAGAUGUGAUUAAUCGUCUGCCGUCUCAUUAUAGAAGGAGGUAUUUACAGAACCAGCAUGAAUUAGCCAAUGAAAGAGUGUGCAAUUCAUCACUGCUUAAAGAUGACAAGACAGGAAAUGUACUUCCUAGUUCAUACUUUGAUACUCCUAUGAAAAUUGUCUAUCCUCCUGAGUCUCAGAAGUGCCUAUGGGGUGGUGAAGGUAUCGUCCAAGGUUAUUGGGAGAAAGUAACCCGGAGACCGAGAUUUCCUAAGACAUGGAGUCCCGUUCUCAUGGAAAAUCUGUUUCACAGUGAAAUCCUAAACCGUUGGAUGACUAUCAUAGUGACAGAUAGUGCUCUAAAACAAAUCGAAAAGGCUAAUGGUUUUGAUUUCUACAUACUUUCGACUCCAGAAUCAAAACUCAGAAGUCGACUGGGGAUGCAUUUAAAAAGAGACAUGUUAGUAACACUUGCAAGAGCCGAGCAGGAUGGUCACAUGAAAAAGAGCUGGCAAAAGUAUUCUAAAUUUAUCAUACCUUUGGAAGAAGCUGAAUGGAUUGGUUUAACACUUGAAGAAGCUGUCAAAAAGCAAAUGAAAAUGGAAUAUGAAAAAUCCAGAAGUCAGAUAAAACCACUAAAAUUCAGUCUAGCGGAAAAGCUGAUUUUCUCUUUAAGAAACCCUGUUGAAAAUGAGAAAGUGAUGUUCGGUGAUUGAAGGGAGCAAGCAAGAAACGCCUGAUCUGUUUUUUUAUCGGAUGAACACUUCUUGACAAAGAUGUACCUGACUAUUCAAAGGAGUUAAUGCUGGCUGCGAGAUUUGAACCGUCGUUAUGCAGUAUUAAAGUCUGAGACGUUACCACUGAGCUGUUCGACCUUCUGGAGGAUUGAGUUUUCUAUAUUGAUCAUUGUGUACUGCUGAUUAGUUUCAUACUCUGUCUAACGCUGGUUGGCACUCGAAUUCUGUUGAUCAAAUAUGAAAGUCUUGGGUUAUAUCAUGACUUCAUGUUCGGAUCCUGCAAGAGCUGAAGACGUUGAGGAACUUGGACUAAAAUAGAUUGCAGUUGUGCUUAGUUUCUGUUUUUUACUAUGUCCUGGUCUUAGCAUCAUCGCUAACUCCCCAUUCCUUUAUUUAAAUGCAUAUUUCUGCAGCUGAGAUUUCUAUUGCAUUUUACGUUAUUUUGCUCCUUGUUCUAUUCACUUGUUAAUCUGGUCACUUUACCCCAAUUACAUGAAGUGGUGUAAAGAAUGAAGAAUUUCAGAUCUGCUGCUGAACUAGUUAGAAUUUGCCACCUCUCUUUUUCAUUGUCAUUUCAGAUGAACUGAAACGUGCAUAAUGUCAUAUUUUUUCUUAAAUAAUCAGUUUGUAAUCUCUCUACUCGGUGAUGUAAAGUAGUUGAAGAAAGCAAUCAUACUCUUUGUCUGUUCCCUUAUUUCCAUUCACUUCGUUCAUUAUUAUCGUAUCAAUCUACUUUGUCAUGUCAAUUAAGACAUUUGUUAAUAUUUUUCCUUGUCUUUAUUUUGAAGUAUCUUUCUAACAAGUCACAAAUUUCCUAUUAGAAUACAAUGAAUUCAAGUGGUAUGUAAAUUGACGUCACAUCAUUCUGAUAUUGCAAAACACCAUUAACCUGUCAUCAAAAUUUUUUGAAUAAAUAUUAAAUAGAUCACCUGAUUAGGUAUGUGGUACUCUGUUGGUUGUAAUAUACUUU